AUGUUACAGGCCAAAUGUACGCUCUGCACAGAUCCUCUUCCUCUUUCAUGGCUUAGCGGGAAUCUCCUAGCUGAGGACCAGCUUAGUGUCGUAAGCGUGACGGACGCUCUUUCCAUGCAGUUAGUGCUAAUACAGGGACGGGGACCAAAUGUAAAGUUUUUGCUGAAGACCAUGGUUUGUAACUCAUCCGCUCGUGAGCUUAACCCGGUCUUUCUUCAGGGCAUCUCCACUGGGAUAAGAUCCGCCUUAGUGACGUUUCUUAAAGACGAGUCUUCUGAGCUUCUGCUCGCCGUUUUGUCUCAAGAUGGACUCCGUUACUUCGACACAGUCACCUCCCUAGAAGACCAGGAGGUAGGUAGUAUUGCCAUUUCUGCGCGGAGGCACCAUGCCCUCCACAGGGUAGGAGAAACAGAGUAUCUUAUCGUUGGGGGCCUUCUGGAGGAGGACUACCUGGCAGGCAGAGCUACCGCCCUUAGUGACUGUUACAUUGUUAAUUUGGGUGACCCGUCCACAGAAAGCCUCGCAGUGUCGGGUCCAUUUUUGUUACCGUACCCCAUUGCCGGUUGCACAAUUAGCACGAUAGGGCAACUAGAUCGUUUCCCCUGGUCUCAGAAAAGGCAUAUCUUAAUUGGCGGAUACAUAGACAGCACAGAGUGUAAUAGUCGUGUCAUGGAGUACAAUUCCGAUGAGAAGGUCUGGACUGCCUUGGAUAUAGAGCUCCUAGAAAUGACUCCUAGGCACUCACACACAGCUAUUACAAUUAGCGAUAGAUACAUAGUGAUAUAUGGCGGCUUUACAGCAACCCGCUCCCCCCUCUACGACAUGUGGGUUAUAGACCUGGAGACCAUGUCUACCAGGCAGAUAGCAUUAGCUCCUGAGGGCCCUGCCCUUUCGGGGUGCACACUGUAUUAUAAUGUGGUAUCCGAUGACCUGUUCUUCCUUAGUGGUCGAGGGAUGGAUGAAGACAAGCUGAGCUCUGAUGCCUAUGUGAUCCAGGGCUUCGGAACCAUGAUCUUUCAGUGCUUCGAUUCUUUGGCUAGCACAAUGCUAUACAGCCUUUCAACGUCAAGCAUGCAGACCACUGAGAUUGAUUCCUCCAACCAGACCAUUGAAUUUCUAAAAUAUAGACUAAACACUAUCGAGAUAGGAUAUCUAAAGCAGAUAAUUUCCAUGCGCCAGGCUUUGGAAGCUGAGCGCCGGGAUAAGCAGCGUCUCUUGGCAAUCUUGGAAAAGCAGAUCCUUCUAAGUACGCGGGAGCGUCGUAGCACCCUUGUGGCAAGUCUCAGCAAGACCAGCAGUAUGCAAAUCAGUCUGUCCCAUGUAGGUUUAUCAAAUGAAAAGCAGGAGAAUUCACUGGUGGUUGCGCCAAAUGCUCUUGGGGACACAGAUUCCUUUCAACAUCUUAUCUUCGCCCUUGUUGAGAAGAUGAAUGGAAUGGAGAAAGAACUUGCCACAAUAAAUAUGCGCCUCCGUAACUAG